UGAAACAAUCACCAUGAGAGCAAAUCUUAGAGCAUCACUGAAGCUUACUUCACAUUCUUUUUCACCCCAUAUUCAUUCAGCAUGUACUAUACGAUCUUCAUCUUCUUUUUCUACUGCACAAAAAGAGAAGACCUUCUUCGAACCCGCAAACCAAGACCAAAUGAUUACACGGUUAUGUAAAGAAAACAAAUUCAAUGAAGCCCUUCAAAUUCUUUGUGAGCAAAGGCGAUUGAAAGAAGCCAUUCAAUUGCUAGAGCUUCCCGAAACCCGUCCUUCAGCUACCGUCUUUUCGACCCUUUUGCGGAUAUGUAUUGAUAACCGAGCUCUUGAAGAAGGAAAGAGAAUUCAUAAAAGUAUGAAAUGUUCAGGUUUUAGACCUGGGGUUGUCAUUUCUAAUCGUAUUCUUGAUUUUUACUGUAAAUGUGAUAAACCCUUUGAUGCACACAACUUGUUUGUUGAAAUGCCUGAGAGGGAUUUGUGUUCAUGGAAUAUUAUGGUUUCUGGGUUUGCUAAAUUGGGGUUGAUCGAUGAAGCUAGGAAAUUGUUCGAUGAAAUGCCUGAGAAAGAUAAUUUUUCUUGGACCGCCAUGAUCUCGGGUUAUGUGAGGCAGAAUAAGCCUGAAUGUGCAUUAGAAUUGUAUAGAGUGAUGCAGAGGGAUGAGAAUGUUAAGUGUAAUAAGUUUACUAUUUCUAGUGCUCUUGCUGCUUCUGCUUCUGUUCAGUCUUUACGUUUGGGAAAGGAGAUUCAUGGUCAUAUUGUGAGAACUGGUUUGGAUUCUGAUGCGGUUGUUUGGAGUGCUUUGAGUGAUAUGUAUGGAAAAUGCGGGAGCGUGGAUGAAGCAAGGCAUAUUUUUGAUAGGACUAAAGAUAAGGAUGUUGUUUCGUGGACGGCUAUGAUUGAUAGAUACUUUGGAGAUGGGAGGUGGGAGGAAGGUUAUUUGUUGUUUUCAUGUUUGAUGGAAUCGGGAAUUAGGCCUAAUGAUUUUACCUUUGCUGGAGUUUUGAAUGCAUGUGCACACCAAACGACAGAACAUUUUGGAAAACAAGUACAUGGGUACAUGACGCGUAUUGGCUUUGAUCCUCUUUCCUUUGCAGCAAGUACCUUAGUUCAUAUGUAUGCCAAGUGUGGGAGCAUAGAUAGUGCAUACAAGGUAUUUAAGCGGCUCCCGAGGCCUGAUGUAGUUUCUUGGACCUCACUGAUUAAUGGUUAUGCUCAAAACGGCCAACCUAGUGAAGCUCUUCAGUUAUUCGACUUGUUGCUUAAAUCUGGCACUCAGCCUGAUCAUAUUACAUUUGUCGGGGUUCUUUCUGCUUGCACUCAUGCAGGUUUAGUUGAUAAAGGGCUUGAAUAUUUCUACUCGAUAAAGGACAAGCAUUGUCUAAUCCAUACUUCUGACCACUAUGCUUGUGUGAUUGAUCUCCUGAGCCGAUUUGGCAGAUUUAAGGAGGCUGAAGAGAUUAUUAGUCAGAUGCCAAUGAAACCUGACAAGUUUUUGUGGGCUUCCUUGCUUGGAGGAUGCAGAGUCCAUGGAAAUGUUGAUCUAGCAAAGAGAGCAGCUGAAGCACUAUUUGAAAUUGAGCCCGAGAAUGCAGCUACUUAUGUCACCAUUGCAAACGUAUAUGCCACUGCUGGUAAAUGGACUGAAGUGGCAAAAAUCAGACAAGUCAUGGAAGAGAAAGGUGUGGUGAAGAAGCCAGGUAUAAGUUGGAUCAAUUUGCAGAGAAAAGACUACGUUUUCUUGGUCGGCGAUAAAUCACAUCCUAGAUCAAAGGAAAUAUACGAGUUUUUAGGGGAGCUUUGGAGGAGAAUGAAAGAAGAGGGAUAUGUCCCUGACAUAGAUAAUGUGCUACAUGAUGUGGAAGAGGAACAGAAGGAGCAAAAUCUUUCCUAUCACAGUGAAAAGCUCGCAGUUGCCUUUGGAAUUAUAGCAACUCCGCCUGGAACACAGAUAAAGGUUUUUAAGAAUCUAAGGACAUGUGUUGAUUGUCACACUGCGAUUAAAUAUAUCUCUAAAAUAGAAGAGAGAAGAAUUAUUGUGCGAGAUUCCAGUCGGUUUCACUGUUUUGAAGGUGGGAGUUGUUCAUGCAAGGACUAUUGGUGAGUUUCCCCUCUGCUUUUUGAAAGAAACGGUUGGGUUUGUUUAAAGGUUAAGCCUUAAAAGACAAAGGUGUAAUGUGAAUUGAGAAAUGGAGUGAAAA